AUUCAGCUUGAAGUGCCAUGGAAAACUUGCAAUAAUUCUUGGAAUACGCCCCUAUGUACAGACACACUGAAUGCAACUCUAAGCAAAAGUGGAGAACGUCUCACAACACCAAGCGAAGAAUUUUAUUUUUAUGAAGUGCUUGAAAUUCAAAAAUCGGCUGGAUUUGACGACAUCGGAGGAGUAAAGCCAUCGAUGGCUCUUUGUCUUGCAUUUGUUUUCCUUCUUGUGUACUUUGCAAUAUGGAAAGGUCCAAAAAGUACUGGAAAGAUGGUAUGGGUGACUGCAACAGCUCCGUACAUAGUGCUGACUAUCCUUCUGAUAAGAGGUGUUACCCUUCCCGGAGCUAGUAAAGGAAUCUAUUACUAUUUGAUGCCAGAUUUCACUAAAUUGUCUGAUCCUAAGGUUUGGUCAGCAGCAGCCACGCAGAUUUUCUUCUCACUUGGACCAGGAUUUGGAGUGCUUCUAGCGCUCAGCAGCUACAACGACUUCAACAAUAACUGCUAUAGAGAUGCUGUCGUAACAUCCGCAAUCAACUGCAUGACAUCUUUCUUCUCUGGCUUCGUGAUCUUCUCCACACUUGGUUACAUGUCUGAACUGACAAAUAAGGAAGUUAGCGAGGUAGUUGGCGAUCAUGAUGCUUCUCUAAUCUUCAUCGUCUAUCCACAGGCUUUGGCCACAAUGAGCUAUAGUAGUGCUUGGUCAUUUAUAUUCUUCAUAAUGUUAAUAACACUUGGAAUUGACAGUACGGUGGGUUUGCUAUUACUUACAUGGAUAUCGAUCCAAAGUAAUUUCUAAGU